UCAGGUGCUAUAAAGACCAGCAGUUGCUCCACAGGUAGCACUCACUCUCCCAGGACAGGACCUCCAGCAGCAAGCAGCUGAGCAACCUGACAAGCAACAUGACGUCCAGCAACAUGAACAUGAUGAGCAGGAUCGUUUUCUACGAGGACAGGAACUUCCAGGGACGUUCCUACCAGUGCAGCAGCGACUGUGCUGACAUGUCCUCCUACCUGAGCAGGUGUCACUCCUGCAGGGUGGAGAGAGGCUGCUUCAUGGUCUACGACCGCACCAACUACAUGGGUAACCAGUACUUCAUGAGGAGGGGCGAGUACGCUGACUACAUGAGCAUGAUGGGAAUGAGCGACUGCAUCAGGUCCUGCCGCAUGAUCCCCAUGUACCGCGGCUCCUACAGGAUGAGGAUCUACGAGAGGGAGAACUUCGGAGGCCAGAUGUACGAGAUGAUGGACGAUUGCGACAACAUCAUGGAUCGUUACCGCAUGUCCAACUGCAUGUCGUCUCACGUGAUGGACGGACACUGGCUGAUGUACGAGCAACCCCACUACAGAGGCAGGAUGAUGUAUAUGAGGCCUGGAGAGUACAGGAGCUUCAUGAACAUGGGAAACAUGAGGUUCAUGAGCAUGAGGCGCAUCAUGGACUCCUACUAUUAAAAUCACUGAAAUGUAAAUUGCACUAUGUCAAUAAAAAGUUUUAUUUUAAAGUC